UUUGAAACCAUUCUGUGGUGAAGCUGAAGGACUUCACCAUGAAGAGAAGUUUUCUCUUUCUUUGGCUGUUGACUUUCUAUUGGAGCAGUAGUCAUGAAGAACAGCUGCAGGACUUCGCGAUUUUAGCAGGUCCUCUAACCAACCAUUUCAUAAAGGAGUUGAAAAGAAAUCCUUCUGCCAGACAGAUUUUGCCAUCUGGAGCUUCAGGUGAUGCAGAUGAUGUCUUUGACUGCAGAGAUUAUCUCCCAACACAAUCCAGGGACUACUUUAUGUACCUGGAGGAAAGAGGGGUGACACAUUUUAAAGUUCCCCUUUCCUGGUUAAGCAUCCUUCCUACUGGUGAUCCCAACCAACCCCAUGAAGAUACAGUGACCUGCUACAUGAGCCUCAUGAAGCUACUGGAUGAAUCAGGCAUCAAACCUGUGAUUGAACUUCAACAUUCUGUACUCCCUGAAGGUCUUAGGAUCAGAUAUAGAGGCUGGGAGAACCCAGAUGUGUGGCAACUCUUUAAGGACUAUGCUGAUUUUGUUUUCUCCAGGUUUGCAGAUCUGGCUGACUCUUACAUUACGUUUAGUCAUGUACAUGAGCUCAAAGAAGUGCAAAUUCAACAUGCUCUCCAAGUUCAUUCAGAUGUGUAUACAAUGUACCAUAAUAUAUAUAAAGGAGUUCGUGUGUCCCUUGGAGUGAGAGAGAGUGAUAUCAGCAGACUUUACAGCGUAGCUCCUAUGGAAAUGAAAAAUAUAGACUUCUUAUCUGUGCACAUGGACUUUAACUGCAAAACCACAUCGAGUCUGAGAGAAGCAUUAACACACAUCCAGGAAACCGUUGGUCGACAAAACAUUCUCAUAUAUCAGAUGAACAUAAAGCAAUGUGCUGACAGCAGUUUUCAACCUCUCAGUAGUGUCCUUGAAGUUUUUAGAUACCCAGAGAUUCACAUUGUUGGGUGUGACAUUACUGACUUGUUUUUAGAGCACACUGCUAUACAUGCGAGUUUGCAGAGUGAUGACCAAAAAUCUGACAACAAGAAGAGAAGUAAAUCUACAUUUUCUUACCAAAAGGUGUGGGAGAAAUUCAGAACAGAGACUACAUCUGAGAGGGAUCUUUUGCUGAAUGACUCAUUCCCAAAAGGAUUCCAAUGGGCAGUUUCCACUGAGUCAUUCAAGGUAGAAGGUGGUUGGUCAAAAGAUGGAAAAGGGAAGACUGUCUGGGACCGUUUUGGACAUGAUGGCCAUGUCUUUAAUAACCAGACUGCUGAUAUUGCAUGUGACAGCUACCACAAGGUGGACUAUGAUGUGUACCUGCUUAGGGGCAUGAUGUUACCCAAUUAUCAGUUUUCUAUUUCUUGGGCCCGAAUUUUCCCCACUGGUCAAAAAGAAAGCUUAUUAGAAAAAGGAGCCUUGUACUAUGACAAGCUGAUUGACACACUGCUAAAUUCAGGUAUAGAGCCUACAGUCACCUUACAUCACUGGGACAUGCCGCAAUCCCUGCAGGACCAAGGGGGUUGGACAAAUGAGUCAAUUGUGGUGGCAUUCAAAGACUUUGCUGAUUUCUGCUUCUCCAGAUAUGGGGACCGUGUAAAGACAUGGAACACUUUCAGCAGUCCCUGGGUAGUUAGCAACUUAGGGUAUGGCACAGGUGAACAUCCUCCAUCAAUCAAAGACCCAACUGUUGCUUCUUACCAGGUGACGCACAACAUGAUAAAAUCUCAUGCAGAGGCCUGGCAUGUCUACAAUGAUAAAUACCGGAUGAAACAGGGUGGAAGAGUAGGUAUUGCUCUCAACUCAGAUUGGGCUGAACCAAAAGAUUCUGCCAGUCUUCAGGAUGUAGAGGCUGCGGAGCGCUACCUGCACUUUAUGCUAGGAUGGUUUGCUCACCCUAUCUUUGUAGACGGAGACUAUUCAGCUUUGCUGAGGAAUCAGAUCAGUAAGAAAACAGUUGCUUGUGGUAAUGAAGUGGCCAAACUCCCUGUCUUUACAGAAGCUGAGAAAACGAGAAUCAAAGGUACGGCUGAUUUUUUUGGGCUUAACCACCACACUUCCCGACUUGUCAGUGAAAGCAAAGGCAGUUGUCUCCCUGGACCAGAUAAUGUUGGGGAUUUUCAGCCUCAUAUUGACCCGAAUUGGCCUACCACAGCAUCAAGCCAGAUUCAGUCAGUGCCAUGGGGUCUUCGCCGUUUGCUGAACUAUAUUGCGACCGAAUACAUAGCAAUCACCAAUGUACCUAUUUACAUCACUGGAAAUGGAAUGCCAACUGAGUACAACAAGGAUUUGCUCAAUGACACGCUACGUAUAGACUUCCUUAAGUCAUACAUCAAUGAGGCCUUAAAAGCUAUCCACAAUGACAGCAUUGACGUGCAGAGGUUCACUGUACAGUCCCUAAUAGAUGGAUUUGAGGGUCCUCAAGGUUAUAGUCAAAGAUUUGGUCUCCAUUAUGUUAACUUUGAGGAUCCCAAUAGACCCAGAACUCCAAAAGCUUCAGCUUACUAUUUAUCCCAGUUAAUCAGAAGAAACGGGUUUAUAGAAACUAGUGCAAAACCUUUUAGACAAAUUACUGGUAAAGCAAUUAAAAGUUCAUUGCGUUCUAGCCUACCACCAUCGGAAGUUCCAUCCAAAUCAAAAGUUGUCUGGGAGAAGUUCUCACAACAAUCCAAAUUUCAGAAGAAUCUUUACCACUAUGGGACAUUUCCAGAAGGAUUCCAAUGGGGUGUUUCAUCCUCAGCCUACCAAAUUGAAGGCGCCUGGGAUGCAGACUGGAAAGGGCCUAGUGUGUGGGAUAAUUUCACUCACCAACCUAAUAACAUUAAAAAUAAUGACAAUGGUGAUGUGGCUUGUGACAGCUAUAAUAAAAUAGAGGAGGAUCUGUACAUGUUGAGAGCUCUGAAAGUAAAGACUUAUAGAUUCUCCUUAUCUUGGCCUAGACUAUUUCCCAGUGGUUUUAGAGAUUCCUUAAACAAGAUGGGAAUUGACUAUUACAACAAAUUAAUAAAUGGUCUUAUUGCAAAUAAUAUCACACCGAUGGUGACACUCCAUCACUUUGAUCUUCCACAAGCUCUUCAAGACAUCAACGGCUGGGACAAUGUCACUAUGAUUGACAUAUUCAAUGACUUUUGUGACUUCUGUUUUGAAAGCUUUGGAGACAGAGUAAAGUUUUGGAUGACCUUUAAUCAACCCCAUACAAUUGCCUGGGUAGGCCAUGGAUUGGGAAUUUUUCCCCCUGGUAUCAAAAAACCUGCAGAUGCCCCUUAUAGGAUAGCGCAUAAUCUUUUAAAAGCACAUGCUAAAGCAUACCACACAUAUGAUGAGAAAUACCGGAAAACACAACAUGGUCAGGUGUCCAUUAGUCUCAAUGCUGACUGGAUUGAACCUAAAGAUGUAAAUGUACCGCGAGAGGUGAUGGCUGCUGAUCGAGCCCUCCAGUUUCAGCUUGGAUGGUUUGCUCAUCCUAUCUUCAAAAAUGGAGACUAUCCUGAUUCCAUGAAAUGGCAAGUGGGUAACAAGAGUGAAAUUCAAGGCUUAGCUGAAUCCAGGUUGCCAUCUUUCACUGACGAGGAGAAAGCGUAUAUUCAAGGCACCGCUGAUGUCUUCUGCAUUAAUGCCUACACUACAAAAAUGGCACAUCAUGUGACCGCUAAACUUUCCCCUAAAUCCUAUGAGUAUGAUCAGGACAUUGCUAUAGGCGAUGUGUCAGACUCUCAAGUCACUGCAAUGAAACAAUUCAGAGCAGCAGCUUGGGGACUGAGAAGACUUCUAAACUGGAUAAAGGAAGAGUAUGGGGACCCAGAAAUUUACAUAACUGAGAAUGGAGUGGCUACAGAUACUGGGACAACAGUUGAUGACACUGAUAGAAUAUUUUUCCUCAAGACCUACAUUGAUGAAGCACUUAAAGCACAAAACUUGGAUGGAGUCCGACUUAAAGGUUUUACAGUUUGGUCUGUAAUGGAUGCUUUUGAAUGGCUUAAUGGGUACAGUUUAGUCUUUGGACUUCACCAUGUGGAUUUCAAACACCCAGAUAGACCAAGGACUCCAAAACGCAGUGCUCAUUAUUAUUAUCAAAUAGUCAGAGACAAUGGUUUUCCGCUACCGAAUGAGGAAAAACCAUUGUAUGGUCAUUUCCGUGAAGGAUUUGCAUGGAGUGUAGCUACUGCAUCUUAUCAGAUUGAGGGAGGCUGGAGAGCAGAUGGAAAAGGUGUGAGUAUCUGGGACACGUUUGCACAUACACCUCUUAGGGUGGGAAAUGAUGACAAUGGAGACAUUGCCUGUGAUAGCUACAAUAAAAUCACUGAGGACGUUGAAGCACUAAAAAGACUCAAGGUCAACCAUUACCGUUUCUCCAUAUCAUGGCCAAGAAUUCUGCCUGACGGAACUACUAGAAAAAUUAACCAGGCUGGCUUGGAUUAUUACCACCGACUGGUGGAUGCACUUUUGGCAGUCAAAAUAAAGCCUCAGGUCACAUUGUAUCACUGGGACCUCCCUCAAGCUUUGCAGAAUGUGGGUGGGUGGGAGAAUGAUACCAUCGUUGAAAGGUUUAAGGAUUAUGCCAAUGUUGUCUACAAAAGUUUAGGAGAUAAAGUAAAAUUUUGGAUCACAAUUAAUGAACCCUAUAAUGUAGCAAAUAUUGGACAUGGUUACGGCACUGCUGCACCAGGUAUAAGUUUUAGGCCUGGUACAGCGCCUUAUAUAGUGGCUCACAAUCUCCUUAAGGCCCACGCUGAGGCUUGGCAUCUGUACAAUGACAACUACAAAGCCAAACAAGCUGGCAUCGUUGGAAUCACCAUCAACUCUGACUGGGCAGAGCCUAGAAACCCAUACAAAGAAGAGGAUUAUGAUGCAGCCAUUCGUGUUGUGGAGUUCCAGAUUGGCUGGUUUGCUCAUCCUGUAUUUAAUGGCGAUUACAGUGAUGUGAUGAAGAAUAGAAUUCGAGAGAGGAGUUUGGCCGCUGGACUACCCAAAUCACGCCUUCCAGAAUUUACCCCAGAAGAGGUGAAAAGGAUAAAAGGCACUUAUGAUUACUUUGGGUUCAAUCAUUACACCACUGUGCUGGCUUUUAACCUGGAUUACAAGAAACUUCAACACUAUGAUGCAGACAGGGGGGUGGGAACUAUCCAUGACCGUUCAUGGCUGGAUUCUGGAUCUUCCUGGUUGAAAGUGACCCCCCCUGGAUUCAGAACAAUUUUGAACUUCAUCAAGAAACAGUAUGGAAACCCUCCUAUUUACAUUACUGAGAAUGGAAUUUCCGAAAGAGGAAACAUGGACCUGAAUGACAUUCACCGAAUCCACUACUAUGAAAACUACAUUAAUCAGGCUCUAAAAGCUUAUUUGUUGGAUGGAGUAGAUAUACGUGGCUAUACAGCCUGGACAUUAAUGGACAAUCUGGAGUGGGCCACUGGUUUUGCUGAGAAAUUUGGUUUAUUUUAUGUAAAUCGUUCUGACCCGUCCCUACCACGUAUAGCCAAGAAGUCUGCUGCACACUAUGCAACCAUUAUCAAUUGCAAUGGCUUCCCAGAUCCUUCAGAGGGACCACAUGAAUGUCAAAACCUUGAACCUGAAAUUGGAGGAACAAGCUCACCCCAAACACUUCCCCCCAUUCCUGAUGAGGAGGUGAGGGUGAGUUUUCUUGGUUUAAAUGUAUCACCCUCAGAUGCUGAAGUGGCCCUGUAUAUCCUCCUCAGUCUAACCAUUGCAGGUGUGAUCACAGCUGCUCUCAUGACCUACAGAUUCAUUAAGUCAAAAAAACACAGAAAAGACUCUAUGCAGGAACACAUAAACCUUGAGCAGAAAUUGUGAUAAAACUCUACUCUAUUUCUGGGGUUGUUUCCAUGGUAACUUUGGCUCAAUUCCAAGUCUGGUAGAGAUGGUUUAUAAAUGUGUAUGUCCAGAACAAAAAAAUGCAUUGUUGGGAUGUUUCUUGCCAAGUGAUAAAUUGUUGGAUUUCUUAAUAUUAGAAUUUUGCUGUGUUUUUAUUUGUAAUGUGCCUUGCUGAUCUAAACUUAUUUGCUUACACAUAGUAAAAAAAAAACUGUUUGAAACUGUAAA